AUGGAUGUUGGACACAUCAUCUUGGGACGACCUUGGUCAUUUGACCUAGAUGUAACCAUCUAUGGUCAAUCCAAUUCCUGCUUCUUCGUGUUUAAUGGAAAGAAAAUUCACCUUAACCCACUGCCUCCGAAGCCUGUUGGCCCACUGGAAACGAAGAAAAGUGUGGAACGAAAGGGAUUGCAUAUCAUUAGUCCUACGGAGUUUGAGCGUACACUUGUUGGUGACUCAGUUGUCUUUGCUUUGGUGGUCAUGGAGGUCCCAUCACACUCCGCGAUAGAGAGCCCUGUUGAAGUCCUAUCGGUCCUCCAAAAGUUUCGAGAUGUCUUUCCAGAGGACCUCCCUGAUCAUCUAUGUAUUGAGAAGCGACAAUAUUUUAACAUGAUUUUUAAGUUGAAUCCUAAAGCGAGACGAAUUCAUUACAAUCUACCUCCACUAAGGGAUAUUCAACAUGCCAUAGACUUCGUUCUGGGGGCAUCCCUCCCAAAUUUGCCUCAUUAUAGGAUGAAUCCUACCGAGCACCCUGAACUUCAAAGGCAAGUGGAUGAUCUCCUUCACAAGGGAUUCAUUCGUGAGAGUUUAAGCCCGUGUGCGGUCCCCGCCCUAUUGACGCCCAAAAAGGAUGGCUCUUAG